AGUCUAAUUCUAACAGUUUAAAAGACAUAGAGAGCUUUUGCAUACAGUCUAUAGAGGCAUAUAAAGAAACUAAUUGCGAAGACAGUAAAACUUUAAAACAGUUGUUUAAAAGUGUAAAAUUGCUCUACAUUUGCUAUAUUUUGUUAAUUCGGAUUUCUUAAAUAAGUAAUUUAUCAAGGUUUGUAAAUAUUUUAAACGAUUCAUUUUAAUUACCUUCUAUUUAGCAUAUUUUCAUAUAAUAACCAUUAAAGAAACUGUUUUAAGGAAUUAUUAUUAAAUAUUUAUAUAGUUUAAUUGACAACAUUUCUUUAUUUUUUUUUAUUUAAUGAUAUGAAUGAAGUCGUAGAAGAGUACUCUUAAAAGUUAAAUUAGUGAUAAAAAGAUAGGAUAUAAUCGUUUACAAAACUAUAGAUAUAUAUACUUUUUUCUUGUAAUUUAUUAUUGAUAUUUUGUAUUUAUUUUAGUCUAUCUGGUCAAGGCUCACUUGUAUAACUAUACAUGUGGUUUUAUAUAGACAGUACGGAAAAAUGUUUUUACAGGGAUAGCAUUCGUCUGAGAGAAAAGCUUAUUGAAAUAAUUAUAAGACUUUUGCUUGUAUGUUUUUGCUCAGAAUCAUAUCAAUUAAUAGUGAAUACUUCCGAACUUGGUUUUUAUUAGUGUUUUAAAUAUAAAAAAAUGUCAGCCCUGGGCUAUUGACGUCAUGAUAGUUACGUAAUUUCUAAGAAAUACCAAACUUAAAUAAUUAACUUAUAAUUAUUUAGUCCAUUGCAUUGAGAUACAAAAAUAUAUUGACUUCGUAAAUUAAAGUCGGAUAAAUUAAAGAAAGCAAAGUAAAAGGAACCUCAGCGAAAGCUAUUAAAUUGUUAAGGAAAUUGAAUAGGAACCACUCUACCAGUCGCUAUUUCAAAUUGAGUCCGCCAAAACCACGGACAUUGUAAAUAGUGAAUAAUUUUCGUUUUUAUAUCCCAUAGAUCAUUUCACUCCUCUCGGACUUCCUGUGACGGUUGUUGUGUGCGGGCUAGGUAUGUCGACAGUUACUCCCAAUAAAGAAUCUGUUCAGAAGAAAAUUGCGAGUAUUCUUACACCUCUGAAAGAUGAGAAUGAGAGAAGACUCAGAGGAUUUCAGAUUGCUAAAAUGUGUUUUAUGGAAGGAAUGCUGGAUGAAGCAAACAAAUAUAUAAAGGAUUUUUUAACAGUACAUACAUCAGCCGCUGCUUACAAAUUACAAGGUGAAAUUCUAGAGCAGCUUAAAGAGGGAACAAAAGCUUUGGAAUCAUAUAAGAGAGCAUUUGAAAUUGAUGAAGCAGAUAAUGUCGGAGUGUUGAAUAAAAUUUGUGAAUUGGGUGCUGCUAAUAAAAUGGAUGAAAAUGUACAACAAUUUUAUAGAGAGAAAGCAGAAGAAAAGGAGAAACAUAAUUCGUUGUUCAGACUCAAGAAUCGAUCAAUGGUAACGCCCCCUACUCCAUCAACACAUUUGUUUUCAACAUCGACGCCAACAAGAACCACUUUUCAGGCACGUAACAAUGCCCAACCAUCUCCUCAAAAUAUUAGUGCUGUUUCAAUGACCCAACCGGUGAAUUCAGCUCCUCCAUCGGCUCCCACUCCAGCUCCGAUAAAGGAUACAUCAAACGUUUUAGAGCAUUUAGUUAACGUCCUUAUUGAUCAGAACAAGUCGUUGAUGGAUACUAUUAAAGAGACUGUUGACUAUGCUGUUAAAGAGAUGCGUGAAAGUCAUGUAAAGGUUAAUCAGACAGUUGAGAAACUUCGUGAAAAUAACACUAAUGUUAAUAAGAAUAUAGAUGAAUUAUCAGAUAUGAUUAAUUCGCUACGUGAUCUUAAGGUAGCCCCAUCUCAAGUAAAAUCUGAUGAAAAUACACCGAAACCGAGUCCCCCAAGACCUCCUGCUCCCACUCCAGUUGUUAUAGAACAGCAAAAUAUUCAACCGGCAAGCACAUUAUCGCAAAUAAAUCCACUGGCUCAAUACGCACUUCAGAUGCAAAUACAAUCUGCAAUUCAGCAACAGGCCACAAAACAAAAUUUAAUGUAUCCUCCUCCAUUUCAAAAUCCAACUGGACUACCGGAAUAUAGAAAUUUGAUGUACUACCCAAAUCAUGGAGGAUCUUCUAUGUGUGGAGGUUCUACUGUACCCACUCAAGCUCCACCAGUCUCCAAUUAUCAGUUUGGACCGAAUAUGGAUAAUCAGGCUGAAAAUGCCGCUAACAGUUUGGCAGCAUUGUCACAAAUGGCAAGAAAUCAACAGCCAUUAUCGAAUCCUCAGUCCCGACCUUUGGCUCCAAGAGAACCCGUUCCAUUGAAUUUUACAAAAACAAACACAGGCGAAGGGUUUAAGCCAAAUUUGGGUGAACCUUUUAAACCCAAUACACAAAAUGCUUUUAAACCAAAUCAAACUGAAACUGGAACUGUCAGUCAACAAUCGCUAUUCAAGACAAAUGCAGAGGAUACUAGCAAACUCAACAACACAACUCUGGAUAGUCUUAAGGGACAAGAUUUAAGCACAAUUAAAUCUCCUGAAAAGGAUGAGCAUGAAGACUUUGAACCAACAGUUUCCUUCAAGCCUAUAUGUGAACUCCCUAGUAAUAUAGUGAUCAAAACAGGAGAAGAAGAAGAGAAAAGUUUGUUUUGUCAUCGUGGCAAGUUGUAUAGGUACGAAUCUAAAACCAACGAAUGGAAAGAGAGAGGACUGGGUGAUAUUAAAAUCUUACAGCACAAAGUAAAUGGAAAAAGUCGAAUAAUAUGUCGCAGAGAACAAAUUUACAAAUUAGCUUGCAAUCAUUAUAUAACAUCUGAUAUGCAUAUUUCUAAAUUGAGCACCGCAGAAAAUUCAUGGUGCUGGAUUGCUCAAGAUUUCGCCGAUGAAGAGUUAAAAACAGAAAACUUUGCUGUAAGAUUUAAGCUUGCAGCUACGGCUGAAGAGUUUAAGACCAUAUUCGAACGAUGUGCGGCUUCGGAUAAAUCUACCUCUACAGCUAGUCCACCAAAACCAAAGGAGGUUCCUCAGUCCUCUAGCUGUUCGGCGCAAUCUGCCUUCGAUAAUCUUAUGAAAGGAAAGGAGGGAGAAUGGGAGUGUAACACAUGUCUUGUCCGGAAUCCAAAGGAAAAAACCGAGUGUGUCUCUUGUUCUGAGCCGAAGCCAGGACAUGAGAAAGCUAAAGGGAAAAAAAGCUCUGGCGGAUCAUUCACUCCUGGAUUUUUAGGAAAUCAAGGAGCUUUGAACCUAUCAGCAAAAGAUCCUGCUCAAAAGGGUUUUGCUUUUGGCUCACCUGCAGCCGUUACUACGAGCAAAGCUACUACUCAAGCUAGUUCUACUGACACUGCAGUGAAACCGCUAGGCUUGACAACUACAACUUCAACAACACCUGCUUCAGCUCCCUUCAAAUUCAGUUUUGGUUCCAUUGAAAAGGGUGGAUUUGUCUUCAAUAAAACUGCAAGCACCCCAACUACAACAUUUACAACACCUCAGAAACUGCAAUCAGAAAUUUUUUCAGCCAAUAGUCCAGCAGCUACAGAAAAUCAGAGUUACCUAAAUUCUUCAUCUGAAAAUCCCGAAGAGCACGAGUCUAGUGCUUACUUUGAGCCGAUAGUUAAAUUAGAUCCCGUUGAAAUUGUUACUGGAGAAGAAAACGAGAAAGUCCUUUAUAAAUCUAGAGCAAAACUUUAUCGAUUUGUAGAUGGUGAAUGGAAAGAGAGAGGUAUUGGUGACGUAAAGAUACUACAAAAUAAAAACAACAGGAAAUGCCGCAUCUUAAUGAGGAGAGAUCAAAUUCACAAAAUAUGUUUAAAUCAUGCUUUAACAUCUGAUUUAACUUUAUCUGAGAUGGCAAAUUCUCAGGGGAAAGCUUGGAUAUGGCAAGCUGAUGAUUUUGCAGAUGAAGAAAUAAAGCACGAACGCUUUGCUAUUCGAUUUAAAACUCCCGAAAUAGCAAACAGCUUCCAAGAUACUUUCGAUAAGGCAAAGAACAGUAAAGACAAACCUGUGGAUUGCGAAGUUAUAAUUAGCCCUCCAAGACGAGAGUCCGUAACUAACAGUGGUAAAGUCACUUCCCCGAAGCCAGCCACUCCAAAAGAAGGCAGUGAAAAGAAAACGACCCUAUUUUCUUUUACAACUCCUACACCUUCCACACAUAGAUUCUCUUUUGAGGCACCUCCAAAAAAUACAAAUGAAAUUAAAUUUAACUUUACUGAUUCGCCAAAGUUUGCUUUUAAUAACAAACCUGAAGAGAAAGCUAAGCCUGUACAACAAAGUAAUAGCAAUAGUAUGCUUCACCAGUUGCUUGCAGGCUCUGAAGAUGCUCUGAAGACAACUGAUGAAGCAGAGAUAAAGGAUGUCAUAUUUUUGGAGACAAAAUUACCGAUCAAGCAAAAAAUUGAACUGGCUUUGAAAUACAAACUACCAGAAUCUUUCUUUAAUUAUGAAAACAAGAAAAGUUGCUCAGGAUGUGUAGGUUGUAACUCAGAAUUUUUUGAUUUUUCAACCAUUGGAAAGAAAAUUGAACCUAAAUCAGAUAUUAGUAAAAAAGAAACGGUUCAAUCAUCCGAAGAAGAGAAACCACCAGUUCAACAGAAUUUAUUUGGUGAGGAAGACGAAGAUAUAAUUUUCAACGAAAGAGCCAAAUUAUAUCGUUUUGUCGAUGACCAAUGGAAAGAAAGAGGAGUAGGUCAAAUGAAAAUAUUGAAAAAUAAAGCAGGCAAAUAUCGUAUUUUGUUGCGAAGAGAGCAAGUUUUAAAAUUGGCUUGUAAUCAUCGUAUAACUCCAUUUAUGACAAUGGAUCCACUGCUGACAUCAGAAACAGCUUUAUGUUGGUCUGCAAAUGAUUACUCGGAAUCGGAUAAUGGUGUGUUUGAAAAAUUCUCUGUUCGAUUCAAAUCAAAAGAGCUAACUGUAAAGUUUAAAAAUGUGUUCGAAGAAUGCAAGAAAAUGAUCCAAAACGAAGAGAAAAAAUCUACAUCUAACAGCACACCGCUGCUCACACAUGAAAAUGAUGAAAAUGACGAUGAAGAAUACGAAACUGAGGAUGAGACAGAGUUAGCUUUUGAGAAACGUGUUACUCUCGGUUAUGUUGGAAGUGACGGGCGAAUCACAGAAAGUCAUUUAGGAGAUUUGACAGUUCACUUGGAUGAUGAUAUAAACGCAUAUAGAUUACAAAUGGUGAACGAUAAUUCGGUUUUGGUUUGCAAUCAUGUUAUUUGUCAAGAGCACAUGUUAUAUAAGAGUCAAUCUAAACCUAUAUAUGUUGAGUGGACUGCCGAAGAUUUCUCUAUUGAUGAAUCUGUGAAGAGGCGAUUUCGAGUAACUUUUUCAUCACAGCAGUCAAUGAAUGAAUUCGAAAAGAUAUUUACAGAGGGGAUUGAAUUAGCAAGAGAAGAUAACGUAUCCCAAAGAGGACAGUCAGUGGAGAUGAUGAAGCCGUGUGUGUACAGUUCUUGA